UCCAAUGACAGUUCUGAGUUAGUGUCGUCAACGCUAUCGGCUACAAGGCGUUUAUUAUUAACACGAUUCCCCUUUAAUCGUGUAAAUACGAAUGUUAACAUUUGAAUGAAUCAAUGGCAUGUCAAAUUUACCUCUAACACUUUCAUCAAGGUUGCCUGCAGUAAUCUUUUGAUUUUUAAAGGCUUUGGCUAAACAAUACUGUGAGCGUUUCAGUCUGCAAACAGGAAGAAGAAUCGUUCAUUCUCAGGGAAAGCCCCAGUUUCGCAGACAUGGUUGUGUGAAUGAGAGUUAGUGAGUGAGUGAAAGAGGGAGAGAGAGAGAGAUAGUUUGCGGACUAUUUGAUAAGGUGCAUUAACAGCAAGAACAUAAUAGCGUACUAACGUGCAGACUUUCUUCACUUGCCUAUCUACUAUAUUGCAGGUGUACGGUCAGUAAGGCUUUUCGGUAGGCUAUAUCAUUGUCAUUAAAUUCUGAGCAUUUGCCACAAUCCGUGGUCUGAUGCCUAAAUGAUAAGACUUAGUUAACAUUAAUAAUCUUAAAAUGACAAUUAAUGGAUUUUGUAAAAUAGUUCAAGCGUCAAGAAACCAAUCUUGUUUUGGCAUGGAAAAUUACACAAUUGAACUUGCAGUACGAACCAACAUUUAGACAUUUUCAUGGAGAGGAGUGCGCUCAGGAUAGGCUACAGGAAAAACAAUUGAGUUCUUACAUGUAUUCAAAGCUAUGUUUUGAGACGUCAUAAAACCUGAGGAUUCCAGGAUAUGCCAAGUUUGCUCCGUGUUAAUGCCGAGGACUAUGACCAUGAACAGUCACCAGACUCUAACCACAGCGCCGCUGGAUCUGUGCACAAGAACCAGUGAGCGUGGGAGCGGCGCGGACAAGACUCCGGCUUGUAAAGGUCGUUCUAGGGACAACGUCGGGUUGAAAGUGCAGAAUACAGCUGCCCUCUACAAGCAUGUUGACUCGCCAAACACAAAUCCCAGCCCCAAGGUGGAGUCACUGGAGCAUCCUUGUGGAACAUUUUUAAUGAAACGUCCUGUGAAUACGGGGAGCCCGGAAGUUCUGGAGAAAAAACACUCACCCACUGCAACUUUUAACACGCGAUUCACCCCGACCUUGUCUAAAGGUGAAGCGAUCUCUGGAGAGAACAGCACUCCAGACAGAGCCACAGUGGACAGAUCCAGGCUUCCUUUUAGAAAACGACCAUACAAUACCGGACAGGAGACUUUGGGACUGUCUCGUAGGCCUACGCAAACCGGAGGAGAGGAUCGCUUAUCGCCCGACAAAAAUACGGAGUUGCAUUGCAGAAAGAGUCCCCCAAAAGUUGUAAAGACAGACUACAGUGAUAUCAGGGAUUCCUCAUCAUCAGUCCCGCAAAGACAAGAAUUGUCUACCUCCAACAAUUUUGAUAAUGGACAACAUACCAUCGGCCCGGUUCGUCAUAUACAACCACACCAGCCUUACUGUCCCUACCCUUUCUACCCAUGGCCCAGCAUGUCAUCACUGGUCGUGAGUGUACCUGUCCCCCACCUCCCGCCCCCUCUACACCACCAGGAACACACUGAACACCUGCUGGCUGAUGUUACCGUGGCAACGCGCCAAGACGAUGACGGUGACACGGCUCUUCACAUAGCUGUGGUGCAAGGGCAGGAAGCUCUGGUCCACAGAAUGAUCCAACUCCUGGAAGUGGCACGCAAAGACCUAGACAUCUACAAUAACCUGAGACAGACCCCUCUCCAUCUGGCCGUGAUUACCCAUCAGCCCCGACUUGUGGAGACGUUGCUGCUUGCGGGAGCUGACCCGGGGGCUUUGGAUCGUAAUGGACAGACUGCAGUUCACCUGUGUUGUGAACACGGUCAGCAAGCCUGCUUAUCUGUGAUCCUCUCACACAACUUUAUCUCAUCCUGUCUGGAGGUCAGGAACUAUGAGGGCUUGACCCCUCUUCACCUGGCUGUCCAAGGUAGACACAAGGAGCUGGCCAGAAUGCUGCUAGAUGCUGGGGCCGACAUCAAUGCUAUGGACAUCAAGAGUGGUCGCAGUCCUCUCAUACAUGCAGUGGAAAACAACUACAUUGACAUGGUGGACUUCCUUAUUGAGAAUGACUGUAACGUGAAUGGCCAGUCAUACAGUGGGAACACCGCCCUGCACAGUGCCUGUGGGCGAGGCCAGGUAGACACAGUCAGGCUACUUCUGAAGAACAGGGCUGACAGCAGCGUGAAGAACUACCACAAUGACACCCCCGCAAUGGUGGCCAAGAACAAGAGGGUAACAGAUGUGCUACGAGGGAGGGGCUCCAGAAACCAGCAGUCCAAACCUCAGGAGCAGCAGUGCCUGUCCUUCUCACCCCAAAGGAAUGCGCUCCACUCACCUAGCAGAGUUUCCGGUUCCUCCUCUCCCAACCACAGCCUCGGCCACUCGCCAGCUCCGAUGGCUCCGCCUCUCCACCGCAGCAAAUCCCAUUCCCCCAGGGCACCUCCUACUCCCUCUCCACACAGCCAAUCAGCUGAGAGCCUUUCAGGCAGCCAGUCUCCAAUGGAGAUCCAGGAGGAGCAGCUGCAGGUCAGGCUUGGCUCUGACAGCGUGACAACAAUGGACAUCAGCGUGAGCCAGAGAAGGGCCUACCCACUGACCUAUAGCUACAUUUCUGCACUGCCACACCAGUCCCCAAUCACUGAGACCCAAAUAGAGCCUUUACUAUCAGGCAACCCAUCCUAUCACUCCCCUGGCCUCCAGAGACAUCUUCAUUCAGAGCAUCACAUUAUCCUCCUACACACCAAUUUACCUCACCAAGCCACCGUCUAUCCCGUCUCCCAAAUAGCCCUUGGCCAGUCCCGCCCCUCCAGUCGCUGCAGUGACCAAUCGGAUGUAUCCACCAUGAGUGUCAGCAGCAGUGGGGGCAAAGGUGAAAGUUGA